AUGUCUGCAAAGCAAGUUCGAAAGCUUCAAGCCCUAAAAGUGUCCAAGAAAGGAACUGAUGCCAAUGAAGAUGCCCAUGAAGAUGCCAAAGAGAGUGGUUCUGACUGCGAAUCCACAGAACCCAAAGAGUCGAAGGCCUGUGGCUUUUCAGCCCUGAUUGGGUCUUCAGACACUGACAGUGACGCCGCUCAUGCCCAUGACUCCCAAAUUCAAAAACCUGCCGAGAUGGCUGUGGAGAAAGGGCCCACAACUGAAAUUGCAGCCGAGAGUGCGCCACCAUCGAAAAGCAAGAAGAAGAAGAAGGGUAAGAAAAGCCAAGUCAAGAAGACAGAAGAUUCUUCGGAAGGCGAGGAGUUGCUUCUGGAAGCCGCCCUUGUUCAAGCAGAAGUUACGGCUGCAGCAAACUCCUUGCAGCUUGGGGAUGAUGCGAAUUGUGGAAAUUCCUUGGCCAUGGCGAAGCCCUUCUUCAAUGCAGAUCGAGAGAGACGGCGGCUUUUCAAGAUGAAGCCGUCGCAAAUGAAGGAUGGGCACAACGGGCACAAUUCGCGGAAGGGUCAGAGCUUGAAACUCCGUGGAACCACCGAGGGACAUUUCUUGCACUAUCGCAGACUGUUCAUCAUCGAGCCAACGCCUGACGAGGGUUGGCCAAGACCUGAUGGAUGUGCCCGGAUGGUGACUGAUAGCUCUCAAUGCUUCAGGAUAGAAACAACGCCCGAACGCACAAAGAUGUUGUUGGAAUUCGCUUCAGAUGCUGCAUCAUACGAGCCUCAAAUGGUUUACGACUUCCUCAUGGACUAUCCGUUCUGUGUGGAAGCCUUACUUGUAGCUUCCGAAAUGAGCCGAGAAGGCAGGGACCACCAGGAGGCAUUCCGUCUCUUGCGUCGAGCUGUUUAUGCUGCUGAGUGCAGCUUCAACGGCGCGUUUUCACCUUUCUCAGAGACGCAAGUGCCCAUGGUGCGUGGUGAUGGCUGCUGCAUUCUGAGUUGGCCUCGGGUACGCGUGCAGCUUCCUGGAAACGAUUCAUCGUGGCCAGGGUGGUCAUGGCUUAUGGCGCUGUGGGGCUACAUGUUGGGUCUUGCUUCUCAAGGCCUACCACGAACUUCUCUGGAAGUCUGCAAGUUGAUUCUUGCAAUGACCUUACCAUAUGAUCCAACACAUUCGCUGGCUCACUUGGACUACUUUGCCUUGCGGGCGGAAGAGUAUGAUUUCUUGCUGCAUUUUGUUGAACAUUUCAACCCGCCCUGUGCCUUACCUGCGCAGUGCAUAAUGCGUUUGGAUUGCUGCUUGCCAAACUUUGCUUACUCAGCAGCUCUGGCAUACUACCUGCGAACAGACGGGGAUGCCUGUGAGGCUUCAGCGUUGGGUACAGUCAACGUGGAGCACUUGACGGAACCAUGCUGGGUACGAGCUGGAUCUGAUCGGACCGAUGGUCCAUCACAAGCUCAUUUGGCUUUGCUGCGAGCGAUGUUAUUUUUCCCAGGGACACUGCGUUCAAUCUUGGACAACUUGGGUAUUUCUUUGAAUUCGUCAGCUUCAGGCUCGCCGUACAAGCUCUCGUGGUCAGAGCUGCUGGACAGGAGCCCCUUAGGACAAAAGCCGACUUUGCAUCAACAGCACUUCUUGGCGCAUGCUUUAGUUUCAGACGCCUUUGUACAGAGAUGUGCUGCGUUUUUCCGUGGUGAGAGGAUGUUGAGAUGGCUGCACGCUUGUGCUGGUCGACUUGUUCAGAUGUGUGAGUCGUCCCUCUUUGAGAAGGAACUGCUUCAAGCCCGGAAAGCCUGGAGUGAAGCACCGCUUGCCGUGGCAAAUGCACUCGCCAAUGACUACAAACAAUUCAGCACCUCAGAAGUUGGGCCUGAGAGGAAGGCCCCUGUUAUAUUCGAGAACGCAGUCAACACCUGGCUGGGUGCACCAGCCGAAACACCUCCACAUCGACCAGAAGCACAGUUGGUGGCUAAAGCACCGCCACGACACGCACCACCACAGUUGGUGCGACCACCACCAGCAAUACCACCCCCCCCGCCAGCAGGAUACGCACUCGGAGGACUCUUGCCACCACCGCAACCACGGCCAAAAGCAGCUCCACUACAGCUCAACUAUCACCAAGAUGAGCAGGAGGACUCGGAGGAUGACGAAGCACUUCGAAAGGCGCUACUUCUCUCGGAAGCCGAGGAGCGUCGUCGCCUCGUGGCGGAACAAGAUGCGGAGUACCGGGAGAGCCUCGCAGCAGAUGCUGCGCGGGCAGAUUCGACAGGGGCAGACGCUCCAUUGGGCGAAGGGGGCGAAGGGGGCGAAAGCCAAUCCCUGAGAGCUCCUGACAGGGAAAGUUUGGCGCAAUUGGAAGCCAUGGGUUUCGACGGUGCAGCUGCAGCUGAUGCACUCCGCAAAGCAGGCAACGUCGAAGGCGCUGUGGAGCUCCUCACUUCGUGA